AUGAACGCCUUCGGCGGCAGGUCGGCCGUCUUCGUGGAUGACCGAGAGUUCAUGGAAGAGACCCUAGACAACGUGCUGAGGAUCUACUGCACGCACAACAUGCCCAACUGGUCCCUCCCGUGGCAGAGGCUGAAGCAGGAGCAGUCCACCAGCACGGGGUUUGUCAUCGAUGGGCGACGCAUCAUUACCAACGCCCACGCCGUGGAGUACUCGACAAUGAUACAGGUCCGGAGGAGAGGCUGCGACCGAAAGUUUCAGGCGAGCCGCUAUGCCGUGGGCGAGGAGUGCGACCUCGCUAUCCUUACGGUAGAGGACGAGGAGUUCUGGGAGGGGGCGGCACCCCUGGCCUUCGGCGAGCUGCCGGAGCUGACGGACGACGUCAGUGUGAUAGGCUAUCCGGUUGGAGGAGAGUGCAUCUCCAUCACAGCUGGGGUGGUGAGCCGUGUGGAGAUGACGGUCUACGCCCAGGCGGAGAAGGAGCUGUUGUCGAUCCAGAUCGACGCAGCGAUUAACCCAGGGAACAGCGGGGGGCCCGUGGUGAACGACGACGGAGAGGUGGUGGGGGUGGCGUUUCAGAGCCUGGACGGCAGCGACGUUGAGAACAUCGGGUACGUGGUUCCGGUCAACGUCCUGGAGCAUUUUCUUGAGGACGUCCGCCGUCACGACGGCAAGUACCUCGGCUUCCCGCGCCUGGGCAUCACUCACCAGCACCUAGAGAGCCCGGCCCUUAGGGGAAGCCUGAGGAUGUCUCCACAGCAGACGGGUGUCAUGAUCACAGGCGUGCAGCCCACAUGUCCGGCGGUGAAUGUUCUUCGCAAGGGUGACGUGAUCAUGAAAGUGGACGGUAUCAGGGUCGCGAACGACGGGAGCAUCCCCUUCCGCGCCGGGGAGAGGGUGGCGUUGAAGUACUACAUGUCUCAGCUGUUCCCUGAAGACAAGACAGAGGUGGAGCUGUUGAGAGACGACAGCGUGAUGUCUGUGACGGUCCCGCUGUACGUGUCGGACUUCUUGUGCCCCGUGCACUUCGGCGGGCGGGCGCCGAGCUACUUCGUCCUCGGGGGGCUGGUAUUCACCGUCAUGAGCGCGCCGUACCUCGAGCACGAAAUUGAGGAAGGCGCGGGUGGUCUAGCGCACUUGCUCUCAACAGCGGAGCAUGGCGUGAGGGCUAGCAACGACGAGGAUAUUGUCAUCCUUACCCAGGUUUUGGCGCACGAAGUGAACGUUGGGUACGAGGGCUUCUCCAACAUGCAGCUCUUGUCGUUCAACGGGGAGCGCGUCAAGAGCCUCAAGCACCUCGUCCGCCUCGCCGACGCGAACCGGCAGGAGUUUCUCCGCUUCGAACUCUUCCGGGACAGGCUCAUAGUCCUCGAGGCCGCGGGCGUGCCCGACGCGACCACCCAGAUCUGUAAGGACAACUCCAUCCCCUCCCCGCGCUCGUCGGACUUAGUCUUUGACGCCGCCAACUCUCGGACGACGGCCUCGGCGGUGGCUGGAGACGAGAUGGUGGUUCCACCGGCUUCGAGGGAGGAGGAGGAGGAGGAGGUAGAAGACCCGCAGCGCCAGCCGCAUUCGGCCGGCGUCAACGGAGGCAAGCCGCCGCGCCAGCCUUCGAUCCCCGGCACGGUGGUGCCGGUCCGGCGAAAGCCGGGCGGGCGCGCAGGGGAGGGUGGAACGGCGGCGCGGAGGGCAGAGCCGAGGAGGGGCGCGGGAAAGGAGAGGGGAGCGAGGCUGAGGUCAGCGGUGGCGGCGGCCGGGGCUAGCGCAGUGGCCUUGGGCGGUUUGAGAAUUGAAGGUCGGGAUUUUUUACCGCGUUUGCGAACAGGCGCAAAGCGAAGAAGCAGGGGUGGCGGUGGCGAGAGUGGCGAGCGGAAACAAAGGACGAUAAGUUGGCGGGGAGGGUAG